GCGGAGCGCGGCCGCGGAGCCCGCCGCACCCGCGCCGCCGCCCGCCGUGCCGCCCGCCGCGCCGCCCGCGGGCCCCCGCCGGGCGCGCCCGCGCCGCGGACUGCCCCGCUGCUCGCCAGCCGCGGCGGAACGGGGCCGCUCGCGCGGGCAGCCCGCGCUCCGCCGCGCGGGGGGCGUGCGGCAGCCCUCGCACCACGCUUGCAGUCCGCACAGCCCGCGCAGGCCGAGCCCGCCGCCGCUGCGACGGGGGCGUUUCUGGCGCCGCUGGAGGACGGCCAGGAGGCGCAGCUGUCGCGACGCUGGGGCUGGCGGCUGGCCAACGGCGGCGUGCCAAGGUCCACGCUUCCGCCGUCGCUGCAGCAGGGCGAUCACUGCAAGCAGGCGGGCAGCUGCGUGGGACCCGAAGAGAGGCGACGGAGAGCCAAGGCGAGCAACAAGAUCAAGAAUUGGCUGCAUCUGCAGUGGCAGUGA